AUGUGCGGGUCACUUCGGUGAGGUGCCGUCAGUUCAUGACGCCCUCCACAAGUCCUACUACGUGAAAGCUUUUCCUUCCAUCGAGAAGCACUGCCACGGUCUUUUCCCUGUUGUUUGCUUUGUCUCAAGUAAAGUUUCCUCGGGCUGCAUUAUUUUUUUUUCCCCCAACCGGCGUGUAUUUCCUCGUCUGUAUCAGGGAGGGAGCACAGCACAACCUUUGUCAGAUCCUUGCUUGAACAUCAUGCUGCAAACGUGCACGCUUUUCAGUGUUGAGACUGGGAUCUCUGUGGAUGCUGCAGGAUUCAGUGACUCAAACUAGGCGCGUUUCGUUUCGGGUCUUUUUUUGUGCCUGCGUUAAAUGUGCCUGCCUUUUCAAAGGAUUUGAAUAAUGUGAUUUUUCCUUUUGGAAAACCACCUUCCAGGACUGACGAGCCAGUUGUGAAAGUCUAACACGCUGUUGCUUCUUUUCUUCCCUGUAUGCAGCGGGCAGAUAAUCAACCUGCUCCUACGGCAGUGGUAGGUUCAAGGCACUGCAAUUUUUAAGUAGUCAGCGAUUUUCCGCAACAAAUUCGCUAAGGGGCAAUUAUGCAAAAAGUUUAAUCUAACUUAUGAAGACAGCCCGAGCUCUAGCCGAGUAAUAAAAGGAUUCCAGUGUACUUUUUUCCCCACUUUUUUUGAAAGAAGAUCCAUUUGGGAUUUACUACAGUAUUUAGUAAGCGGCUCACGAGGUGAAAGAAUUCCCAAUGCAAUUGUUACUGCUUUUCCUAAUAGUUCUCGUGAACUGUUGCCAUCAAGGCAGUGAAGCCCAGGGUGGAUCUAUAAAAACUUUACGAUCUUCAAAUAUAAGGCGUGAAGACAGCAAUCACCUCACAGACUUGUACCGGAAAGAAGAAACCAUCGUGGUGUCCGAGAAUGGCCACAUUCAGAGUCCGCGCUACCCUAACAGCUAUCCAAGAAACCUUCUGUUGACCUGGAAAAUCCUUUCUCCGGAAAACACUCGGAUACUUCUAGACUUUGACAGACAUUUUGGCCUGGAAGAACCAGAAAAUGACAUCUGUAGAUAUGAUUUUGUGGAAAUUGAGGAUUUAUCAGAGACCAGCACAAUUAUACGGGGAAGAUGGUGUGGACAUAAGGAAACCCCUCCAAGGAUAACGUCAAAAACAAAUACAAUUAAAAUCACCUUUAAAUCUGAUGAUUAUUUUGUGGCCAAACCAGGAUUCAAACUGUAUUACUCUCUCAUGGAUGAUGUCCAACCUGCAGCAUCCGAAACAAAUUGGGAAGCAGUCACCAACUCUGUCCCAGGACCAUCUGUGUUUUCCUCAUCAGUGACCGAUUCCCCAUUGUCGGCUGCAGCUUUGGACCAGACCAUCGCUGCGUUCGACACAGUGGAGGAGCUGCUGAAGCACCUCAAUCCCGACACGUGGCAGGAGGACCUGGAGAACCUUUACACCGACACUGGUCAUUACCGAGCCCGGACCUUUCACCACGAGCGCAGGCACAAGAUUGACCUGGACAGGCUGAAUGAGGAUGUAAAACGAUACAGCUGCACACCUAGGAACUAUUCGGUCAAUCUGAGGGAAGAGCUGAAGGCAACCAAUGCGGUUUUCUUUCCCCGGUGUCUCCUCGUUCAGCGGUGUGGGGGAAACUGUGCCUGUGGUACGGAAAACUGGCGUUCCUGCACCUGCUCGCCUGGCAAAACUAGUGAGAAGCUUUAUGAGGUGCUGAAAUUCAGUCCCGAACCUGGAUUCUUCAGAAGGAAAAGUCGAGGAAGGGGUAUGGGCCUCGCAGAAAUCUACCUGGAGCACCAUGAGCGUUGUGACUGUGUUUGCCACUCACGGCCACCACGAUGAAGACCAAUGUCAAAGAGACAUGAGUAUGGGACUUUUAAUAUACAGUAGUUUGGAUCACCAUCUCCCACCCCCACCCCCUGCCCCAGUGCAACUGUACUCCACCGCAAAUGAAUAAGCAGAUUGCUGUGUCUGGGUUAAACCUCUUGUGUCAUCUGUCAUCUCCACUAAAUGUUAUUUUGUCAUAUAAAUAUAUUUUAAGCACCCUGGAAGUGCAGGCUAAAAAUAGUCUUCCAAAACGUAAUCCAAGGUCUGCAGACCUUAAUGAAAGAAACAGUAUUAUUGACUUUAUUUGCUUUUACUUUCAGUGUGAAAAGAAUAAAAGUAUGUUUUUUUUAAGGAUGUGUCAGAAGUUUAUGAUCUAGGGAGGACGGUGGUGAAACAGUUUUCCACAGGCGUCCACAGGUACAGUAUGUCUGCAUCACCAUGAUUUACUAAUAGCUAGUCCAAAUGUAACGGUGUUUCAGAGGUGAUUGGCCUUUUUUGCAAAGGAAGGAUCCUUCAUUUAUAACCUCAGAUUGCCACUGUGGUGAUGAAAUUGUUUCCGUAUUCAAGUAUAGCCGCAGACUGUCCUGUGCUCAUCUUAUUUCAGAUGGGGUUGUGCAAACAAUGAAAAUCAGAACUUUGCCAAAUAUAGCUCAAUUAGUGUGAUACCAAAGUUUAAUUAUUUUUAAUCAGUUUGAUCAGUUCACUUUUUUUGUGAACGAUGAUUAUGAAGUGGAAUUAUUUACUCAAUUGGAAUUUAUUUCACUAAAGAGAACUCCAGACUGCAAAGAGACUAUCAUUAAGUUCUCCUACAUUCUGACAUUUAAGACACGAUUAUGUGACAAUGUAUUGUAAUAUCUACCCUUUCAGUGCCUUUUUUACAGUUAACAUGAGCCACAAUUAUCUGCUACAUUCUGCUGAAAAAGUAUGAAUAAAUGCCCAUUGGUACUGUACUGUAUAUGUACAGUCAUAUGGCUAGAAUUAAUAAACUAGAACCAGGUCAAUUUGUAUUGCUUACAGUAAAAACUCCAGCAACAAAAUAAUUUACAGGUAAUUAAUCAAUGUUCCCCUAUGAAAAAGCAGUGAUAUGCACUUUGACUCAAUAUUGGGUAAUUAGUAUUUAAUUCAUUCAUAUUGAGAGACCUGGGGACAUACUUACCAAACCCUCUGCACUUACUGUAAUUGUAAAUCUUUAGAAUGCUUUGAUUAAAGGUUUAUAAUAUGCAAAAGUAAACACAUGAUUUUCAUUUUUUGAAAAAUGCCUUUAUAAAACUGGCCAUAUGUGUAUACCUUCUCGGAGAAAGAGAAAUUGCAAUUGAUUCUCAGUCAAAUCUAGCUGCUGUGCAGGCAUUGUAUUGCUUAUGCAGAUUUUAAGUAAAAGAAAUUGCCAAUAUCUAACUGUCAGUCAUACUUUCUGCUUAAUAUUGUAUAUCUUAACAUUUAAGAGUCCUGAAAAAAGUUAGUAAGUACAAUUGUGUGCUUUUUCAGAAAUCUGACUGUUGAGAGACAAAUUUACAAAAAUAAUUUUGUGGCUAAAAUAUUUUCUGUAUUUGAUUUUGUUCAUUACUGAAAUGCAAGACAUGUUCCAAAUCCUACCCUGAACAAGGAAAUAAGAAGAGGCUGUUGACUUUGGCUAAUCAAAGUGUCAAUUUUUAUAAUUUUGUAGACACAUCAUACCAGCUUCUGCUAGGACUGAUGUUAUACAGAGCAUGAUAAACAUGCAUUGUAUACAGUUCCACAAUCGAUAUGAAAGAAAAGAAAAUCCGUCAGUCUGGGUGGGUUGCGAUAUCAGUACAAACAUAGUAAAGCAACAGAAAUUGAACAGUGAAUAGAGCAAUUUUCAGUCCUUUAAGAACCACAGAAAAACCCUCUAGUGUUCUUUCAACCACUUCAGAAGAAGAGAACUGACAAUUGCUGCCUUUUUAAACUUGCAGCAUCAACAUACCAUCUAAAAUAGAUGAGCCUGUGAAUGGACAAAGUGGUGCUUUAGUGAACAAAUCCCUAUUGUCACCAUGCACUUCACAUACCGGAUGUCCUUAACUGUCUGUAGUUCUGACCUUUCAAAAAGAAGGCACAGAAAGAGAAGCCUGUGAAAUAGUGACACAUCUGUAGUAUCUUGAGAAGGGUCAGUCUUUCAGAACCUUCAGAAAAGCCUCAAGUCUUUGCUUUAGAGAACUUACUUUAGAGAAGCUAAAGUACAGUACUCAGUUUGUGAUUUGAAACACAGCUGAAGAAGUGAAAAAAUACUUGAAAGAAAAGUGUAUUUUUUUUGUUAUUCAACAUACAUUAUGACAUUUUCUUUCCAUAUUAGAAAAGCAAUAAGCCUAUCAAUGCAAAUGUGUAUAUAUGUAUAUAGAGUUUCUUCCAGCUUUAUGCUCUUCAGUUGCCUCAGAUUCACUUAAUCUUUCAAAGUGCCAGAAUUAUACCAUCGUUUGUUUUUUCCUCACCCAAAACUGAAAUUUGUGCCAUAGGACUGGUUUUUGUCAUUUAACAAUUCCUAUAGCAGUAAUUAACAGUUGUUUUUUAUUACAAAGAGAGCUUUUUCAGUUUAUUUUUGUCAACAGCUUUGUAUAUUAAACAUUGCUAUGUAAAUAUUUUAUUACAAAACUAUAUAUAAUGACUCUUCAAUAUUAUAGCAACAAAAACAAAAUGCAACUGGUCAUCAUUAUUUCUUGUCACUAUGGAAAUAGUAAAUAGAAAGUGAAGGCUAUCAUGUUGCUUUUGUAACUGUACUCAGACAGCUUUUAAAAUUCUCCCAUCUGUAUAUGUGGAGUGACCUUAAUUUCUUUCUUAUGAUGUAAAUGAUUACACAAAAUGUCAAAGAAAAUGGAUUGUCUUUUGAGAGUUAUAAUAAUCAUUUUCUUUUCCUUGCUACAAGAUGCUUGCUCUUUCCCAUACAGCAGAAAGCAGAAAUGAUACGCGAUUUUCCUUUAAUCAAGAUGAGACUACUGUCAUGCCUUAUUUACUGGGGUAUCUUCUAAGGUACUAAAUAACGUUUCAUUUCCAGAAAGUGUUGGCUUACAGUAUGUGUUUACUUAAACACAUGUAAACUGUGCAUUGUCACAAAGUAAAAUGAAUAGUCAUCCUGCGUGCAGUACAUAUAAGGGACUUGUGUAGCUUCAGGUUACUGUGGACUAGCUGCAUGAGUAUAGUCCAGUGCUUCAUUUGAGAUCUGCUGAUCUUGCACAAUGAGCAAUACAGCCUUCUCUUUGUACUGUAACUCCAAGAUUUUGGAACACAGUGCCCAGACCCAUUAGAUACUGUAUACUAUGGCUGUGGACAUGUUUAAAACUACUUUAAGAGCAUUUACUGUACCCUAUAGAUUUCAAUGUCUGAUUGUUUUUUACUUUUGGCGCUAUCUGAUCUAUAAACUGUGUGACUUGUGUUACUUCGAUUUUUUAUGCCUGUACUAUUGUAUAGUGCUCUGAAUUCUUUGAAAAGCACUUAUAAAUAAAACCGAUUAUAAAUAUAAUUAUUAUAUGAUGCAAAUAAUUGCAUUCUAAGGCCCACACAAUGAAUACACAGCUGCUUUAGAUAUCUAGUAAUUUAAUAUUUCAAAUCACAGCUUCCAUGUGCAUUUCAAUUAAAGGACCACAUUCUUCUGUGGCAUAUGUCAUGCUUGGAAUGGACAUUGUGAGCUGGAUCUCAGUACCCUUGGUGACAAACUCCUCCAAGAACAACACAUUUGUUGUAGAUUUCAUUUCAAUUUCUGCCUUGAGAAAACAGUGCCUGAUGAUCACGAUGCAGGAUCCCAGAAUGCAGCAAAUAAUUUAGUUAAGUCAUACUACAUUCAUCUAAUGGAAGAGAAAUAAAGUAUAAUAGCUUUGAAAGCUAUUUGUAGCAUAUCAGCAGUACAUUUUUAAUACAUUGUGGUAAAACAUCGGAGCAUGAUAAGGGCAACUGGAAAUUAAAUGUUUAAGAAACAAGUGCUGCCUUUUCUUCACACCCAUCCCAAAGGAAUCUCCCACCCAUUCAGCAGAAAACAAUUCAGUACAAUUUGCUAAUGAAAUAUUGUUUUUUGACUGGCUUUAUUCAUGUCAUCUUUUAUACUUUAAAAAAGCGUAAUUUUGUUUUUGAGGAAUCGGUAGAGGAUAAUUCCAGUCUGAAAAGUAAAACAAAGUCAUUAUGGCCAAGAAGCCUUGUUAAGGUGUGUUGAACAAGGAUCUAAAUUCCUCCACUUCUUAAAUGGUUUUCUUCUUUCACUUACUGUUCAACAUGGAAGUAAAUUUUACUUGUACCUUUAUAAAUUACAGUACAUGGGGAUGCAGCUGUUUUCUAUAAAAAGUCUGUGUUUUUACUUUGCAAUAAGCAGUAAGGUUUCUACACAUCUCACACUUUCUCUUCUGUUUAAGUACACUUUUCAGUUAGAAAAGCUGAAACUCCACACAGGAAGACACAACUUUUACAUCUAAGGCCAAUAAUGGUUUUAAACUCUUAAUCAAAUCACUAUGAUGCUUCACCUACCUAAUUCAAAUGUGUUCCGGAAACCAAAAUGCGUCAAUAAAUAAUUUAUUUUGAACCUCAUGAUUUAUUAAACCUAUCAGCUGUUUGUUCAUGAAUAAAAUAUUAUGCAUGCUUAUAUAUUAAAACAUAGGAGGUUUAAUUAUAAAAUAUAGACAUUACAUGAUGGACUUCUUUGACAUUUCAUAUAUGCAGUAUACUGUCAUGCAGCUUCAAAAUGUGUAGACUUAUUUGUAAUUAGAAUCCUUUGUUGUGACAGAAUGUAAAGAUUGCUUUUGAAAGGGAAUAAGAAAUAUUUUGUUACAAAAAUUCAAUAAAAGUAGUAUAUCUUGUA